CGGCUGCGGGUCCAUAACAAGGAGGUUCUGUACGAUUUGGUCGAGCGGCGCCAGCCCGGCACCCCCCUCAUCACCGUGUCCAACCACCAGUCCUGCAUGGAUGACCCCCACCUCUGGGGUAUAUUGAAGCUUCGGCACGUCUGGAACGUGAAGAAGAUGCGCUGGACCCCCACGGCCGCUGACAUCUGCUUCACCCGAGAGUUGCACUCGCGCUUCUUCAGCCUGGGCCAGUGCGUCCCCGUGUGCCGAGGUGAGGGUGGCAGGCGGAGGG